UUGAUGUUAUUUCUCGCAAUCUAUGGCAUUAUCAAGAUAAUUAUAGGUUCUGUGUAUCUUAUGAGCUGUCCAGAGAUCUUUCUGAUGCCGUUUUACCUGCUGUUUGGCGGAGUUAUCUCCCUUAUUCCACCCAUACUGAUGCUGUACAGAAUAUUCCAUUCAGACGAGAAGUCUGAGAAAUCCGUGGAAGGAUUAUGGUGGAUACUUGAGAAAGUCUUCUAUGCAAGUGUGGUUAUCAUAUUCGCAGGAACUAUUUACAUUCUUGUCAUCAUAUCACGAACACGUUAUUUGGACAGACUGUGUUACGUCUCCUGGCUUCCAGCGUUCGCCAUCUUUGUGUUGGUUUUAGACUGGGUCUCUUACGCUGUGUUUUUCCGCUACUUCUGUAACAUUGAGUACAAAGAGGAGGAACAGGACCCUAUCCCACCGUACACGUGGCCGCCUCACCACCGACACUUGCGAUUCCACCACAGGUUCCAGUCAUAAAGCAACACAUUUCUUCAAAAUAUCAUUGACUUGAGCACUGUAUCUUCUGCUGUCUAUCAUACAAUGUGGAAAGUGGACCUCUAACGUUGGGGGAAAGCUAUGUCUUGAAUAAAUGGUGAUGUUAUUCAAAACUAAACUGUACGCUGUUGGUUGACAUUUUAUUGGAUAUACUAGAUGAUACAUACACUUUCAUUGGAAAAUCGACUGGUGACGUCACGUCAUGGACGCAUUUCUCAACAGCUUGGAUUCAUUUCUGAUAAGAAGUUAUGUGUGCAAAUAUGGAUAUAGCAUACCAAGGCAGACAAUAUGUAGAUAUGGAUAGGGCAGUUCAAGUUGGAAAAGGAAUGAAUGUGUGAAUAGGGCAAAUCGAGUUCUAAAGAAAGGAAAACAUUAUUGUCUGUGUAUAAUGACACACCUAUAACAGUCUGAAAGCAAUUAAGGUGUCGUCAAUAGAUCUGAUAAACGUCAAUGCCAUCGUGUGUUCAGAAGACCCUUGAUUGAGCUUUAACAUAAACCUGCCAUCAGCGUAAUGCAUUUGGUGAAUAACUCGUCAUGACGAAAGGUCAACUGAACACGUAAUGACGACAUUGGUUUAUGUCAGAUCUCCCAACGGGGACCUUCAAGACUAAAUAACAGUACGAUCUGCUACUAAUCUGAUACAUUGCGGCCAUUGGAUGUCUAACAUAACAUAUGGAAACUGUGACAAACCAGACUAGAAAUGAAAAUAACGUCUGUUUAACGACACCCAAAGCGCAUCUGUUUAAUCAUUAGCUAUUAGGUGUCUGUCGUGUUACUGUAACUGGGGAAACCAAAUUAGAAAUGAAGAGGAACAUUUGAUUUAUCUUCGCUGCUGCAAACGUACGUUUGCUUGCAUGUCCCUGUGUGUUUCGACGCGGUGGAAACAGUUUACGUUUUUCACCAAGAUUAAUGUCCUUUGUGCCAAGUGUUUUCAUUGUAAAGAGUAUUUUCGUCACCUCUGGUCCUUGUGGGAGACAGGUGGGAGCUAUCUCGGUGAACGUGGUAUCCGUUCGUGAUCCACGCUGUUUCUAAUUCCGUCACAAGGGAGUAAUGACGUCGUCGCUGAUGAGUCUUCCUGCGUCGUUUUACCUCCUCGUGAUGGAUGUUGGGAACUUGUUUCAGACUUAACAACAUUAGUUAUAUGUUAUCCUUGCGAUGCACUGCAGGAGCGGAUUCAGACUUUUUCUAAGGAGGGGUGCAACUUUUAAAAAAAAAGAAGCAACAUUCAAUAUUCAAAAGCACGACAACAUGUUUUAUGUAUACUGAGAAAAGGUGGCGGUGUUUAACGUUGACUGAAUGUGAUAGUAUGGCUAGUAUGGGAUAAGAUGGAACCAUUGUCGCUAGUGCUCGGCUUCUGAAGUCGCGCCAUUGGUGUACGUUACACACAGUACAACCAGUCAGAAAACUGAUUCGUUGUGAGUCUUACUUGGUCCACACAAAAUGUACUUAUUGUAUUACUAGUAUCAUUACCACGUGCGGUUAUUUCGAUUAUCUUUUACAUAGAAACUCCACACACGCUGGGUACUUAAAAGACAAAUACUGUUUUCUAUUUUCUGCAUGUCUUUCUGAGGAUGCGUUCCCACGGCGCGACUUGUUGUAACGAUACCGGCCAAGUACUAAGACAGGCUUAGGUGUGUCCGGUUCUUACACAGCGUGAAUGCACUUAGCGAUUUCUGUGAUACAAAUGUGCUUGGUGAAUUAAUAUUAAUGAAAUCUGGCAUUUCUAAAGUGCAUAGUUCAAUAGAACACGUUCAUGUGCAUCUAUGUAUGUAUGUAUGUAUGUAUGUAUGUAUGUAUGUAUGUAUGUAUGUAUGUGUGUGUGUGUGUGUGUGUGUGUGUGU